AUGGCUAAGAAGGCUCGCCAGAGAAUCAGCUAUGUCCUCGAGAACGCCAAAGCCUCCGCUGGCGGCCAUCGACUUGGUGUCAAUGGCCUCGCGGUAGACACUGACAACGCCAUUCUUUACUCGGGUGGCCGAGACGGCAUUGUAUGCGCUUGGGAUCUGAACCUCGACCUCAAAGGCCGCAGUGAUGUCGUCGACUCAACCCCCGCCUCGGACGAAAAGAAGGACGACAAAAAGCCGAAGCACACGACCAAGUUCCGCGCCCAAACACACGCCCAUAUGCACUGGGUCAACGAUAUUGCCCUCGCCCAUCAUAAUACCGCCCUCGUCUCUGGCUCUUCCGACCUUACUGUCAAGAUCUGGCGACCCUACUCGGAGGAGGAUAAUACGCGCGCUGUCACGAUAGGCGAGCAUGCCGACUACGUCAAAUGUGUGACAACCCCGCCCCAGGAUAUGGGCUUGAACUGGAUCGCUUCCGGUGGCCUUGAUCGCAAGAUUUGUCUAUGGGAUCUCAAUGGCGCAGGCAAAACGCUCGAGAUCGACGUCAAAGGUGAGGAGAUUGCCGAAAAAGGCUCGGUAUAUGCUCUUCGAGUUGGCCGGAACAUUAUGGCUAGUGGUGGCCCUGAGAAGACUAUACGCCUGUACGAUCCCCGAACAGGUUCAAAGGUCUCCAAACUCGUUGGCCAUGUCGACAACAUCCGCGCCAUUCUUAUUGACGACGCUGGCGAUACGAUUCUAAGUGCUAGUGCCGACAAGACGAUCAAGUUGUGGAGUGUCAAGAAUGGUCGAUGCAUGUACACCUUUACCAUGCACGACGAAAGUGUUUGGUCGCUUUUCUCAGACGAUCCUAGACUAGGCGUUUUCUACAGUUCCGAUCGUUCAGGCCUUGUAGCCAAGACCGAUGUACGGGGUAGUCUCGAGGAUAUGGACGACGGUCUCAGUCUUGCUGUGGCACAGGAUCAUAUUGGUGUGGGCAAAGUUGUUGCCGCCGGAGGUCAUAUCUGGACUGCGACAAACAGGUCCUCAAUCAACAGAUGGGAGGAUAUUGAUACCAGUGUCAACAUCCAGCUUCCAGAGUCAUUCCGACAUCAUAGGGCCACGUCCAAUGCCUCGAGCAGGCCACGUGAGGCCUCUCCUCCGACUGUUAAUGGGACGUCGAAGAAGGAGAUCCCCGCCGAUUCCAUCCUGCGCAUCUCAGCAGCGGCCACAAUGCCUUCGCGUAGCGCUCCGGACCCUGAUUCCAACACUAUCACGGAAAACACUGCACGCAAGGGGUCAGAGGUUGUCCUAGACCAACCAGAGCCUGAAGUCAAGCCUAUACAUGAUCAGCCCGAAGAGACCAUCGAGGGUCAGUUUGGUCUGCUUAAGCAUAGAUUGCUCAACGAUAGGAGACGGGUUCUGACAUUGGAUACUGCCGGAGACGUUCUUCUGUGGGAUCUUAUCAAGUGCAAACCCAUUCAAAGUUUUGGAAAACAGCAUUUGGAAGAUGUAGAACACAUCGUCAAUACUGUGGAGGCUGUAGCACCGUGGUGCUCAAUCGAUCUCAGUUCAGGCAAUCUCACUGUAGUGCUCGAGCCAUUCAACUGCUUUGAUGCUGAAGUAUAUGCCGACGAGCUCGAGCUACCAGACACGAGCGAGUUUCGAGAGGACCAGAGAAUAAGCCUCGGAAAAUGGAUCCUUCGAUAUCUCUUUGCCGACCUCAUCGACGAAGAGAUCAGGAGAGACGAGGCAUACCGUCAAACCAUCAACGAAGGUGUCGAGGCGAGACAGGCAGCAGCUGCUUCUGCCCCUGAUGCUGCACCGCUAUCAAUAUCCUUGCCGAAGCCAGCAGUACCAGACUGGGACAAUGCCGAUCAAGUGACGCCCAAGCCGAACCUGUACCCAAACACUCCCGGCUUCGGUAUUGGCCUGGCAACACCGGGCCCCAGCAUCAUGUCGGGCCCUAACAGCUUGCCCGGUGUCCCUGAGGACGCUGCUUCAAGCCCCAUGAGUCCUAUAGAGAAGAGAGCAUCACACGUCAGUCGACCAUCAACAGAGAAGGAAGACUAUUUCACAAGCCCUUUGCAAAUGCUCGAAUCGGCUGUUAAGGCGGCAAGUCUGGUGUCGGUCCCGGGGCAGGACAAGGACAAGGACAAGGACAAUGCGGAUUCCAAGAAGUCUAUGGACGGUGACAAAGAGAGGGCCGACAGUACAAAAUCCCCAAGCACGCCCUUCGGUAAGAAAAAGUUUAGGAUGUCGUUUGGCACCAAGAAGCUCGCGCGUUCGGCGUCGCAGGCGACACAGGAGAAGCCGGCGAUUGUGGAGGAGAAAGCAGAGGAAUCCGAGUCCUCUUCGGUCCAUGAGAAGGAAAAGGAGGUUGACGACAGCUUCCUCGGCGUAAUUCAGAAAAUCCGGCAAGGGUACGACCGGCAACUGGUCGAAACUCCUGAAAAGGUAGUCGAGACGAGCGUGACACCCAGUCUGCCUAACGAUACACCCGUGCUGAAGCUUCCUGCGGGAACCAAGGUGGUGAUUCAGGAGGAGACGUCGGGCGGUAGCGCGAACCUCUACCAGGGCACAGUGGAAGAUAUUGGCAAGGACGCAGACCUUAUUGAGCAGAAGGCACCCAUGUGGCUCGGUGAGGUGCUCCUACACAACCAGGUGCCCAUCAAGGAACCGGUCAAGGUAUCGUUCGUUCUGCAUCCAAUGGACGACAGUUUGAUUGCCAUCACUGCCGCGGACGGUAACAACAGACUAAACGCAAAUCGCAUGCUACGGGUCAGGAAGAUUCUUGCAUACAUCGCCGAGAGGGUUGAGCCUCCACUGGAGGAGGGUGAGGAGGAGACGCUCAAGCCAGAGGAGUACUUGGAGCUGUACUGCAACGAUCAGCUUCUAUCUCCCGUUACGACUCUGGCCACCCUCAGAACGCAUCUCUGGAAAGGAGGUAACGACAUCGUCCUCUACUACAAGUCCAAUGGCAAGAAGGAGAUUCGACCUUUCCCUCCCCCUCCAGAACCGAAACCGGCUGAGCCUGAAGAAACUCAGGAAAGCUCGGCUACGGAAGAGACAGACAACAACGCCCAGGCACAGGCACCGGCUCAGCCGCAGACUCCAGCUACCUGA